AUGGCAAAACAAUCAUGUAAUCGAUCGUCAUCGUUAACUGAUCAAGAUGAUGACUCCAAUCAAUCAUCUUCUUACCCUAGUCAAGAAUUCCUAAACGAAUCCCUGAUAUCAUCGUUGUGGGUAAAAGCUUACGAACGAAUUCCAUUGAAAAAGCAAGAUGCUCCAUUUGCUAAUGAUGAAAGUAAUGAUUCACUUGAAGACAAUCCAACAAUGGAUGAUAAUGAUGAGUAUGAAAGUAAAUCUGAUACAUCACUACCUAUUCAGAUAAGUCUAACUAAUCUUAACAUAAAUACAAAAUUUCAACCAUGGGAAACACUAACAAAACAAGAUUUUUUGGUAAUUAUUAUAAAUACUGAACAAAAUAUUGACAACGUAAAGCAAAUUAUAAAAAACGAUUUCUCACGACAAGGUUUGCAAUGGACAGAUAAAGAAGAACAAUUACGUACAUGGUAUUUUGGAUUAACAACACUACGUAUUCACUUUACUCAACCGCAAAGCAUUGACAUUCCGAGACUUUCUUUUUCAUCAUCUGUGCCUUUUUGGAUAACGUUAAAAAAAGAAAAACAACAAUAUACGUUAAAUAAUAAUAUACCAAAGAAAACAAUCCGUUAUAAACUACAAUCAAAUUUUGCUGUUUCACUUCGUUAUGGUGCACUUAUUGAUUUGAAUCAGUUUUUUUAUUCAGAAAAUCAUUCAUGGAAAAACGAUGCACGCUCAAAAUGGUCUAUCUUUUUAAAUGAUCAAUUUAAUGGUAGUGGCUCAAUUGAAUGGAUCAUAGAAGAUUUUGAAAAAAGACAAAAAAAACAGUUAUUAGUUUCUAGUAUUAAUCAUUCGAUUAUUGUCGUUUUACGUAAGGAAGGUUUCGAUAUAUAUAUUUGUCAAAAAUGCAACAUGAAUGAAUUUGAAGCUCGAGCUACAAUGAAUAAUAAUCAUCAUAAUAUUCAUGAUAGAGAUAGAUUACAUCAAAAUAGGCUCAAUGGAAACAAAGAUUUUUCAGAAAAUGUUCAACAACGAUCAUCAGGUCAUCGAUCAUAUUCAAGACCACGUGAUGCUGUACCAUUAAGUCAUCGACAACAUUCAAGACCGCGUGAUGCUGCACGAUUGCGUUCACCACAGCAUGAAUCUCAACAACAACGGCAAUUUCAAUAUGAACACUAUAAACGAAUUGGUGUCAAUGGUGGCUGUUAUUUUCCUACUAUUCAAUUUAGUAUACAUACUGAUCCACUUCGUUUAAGAAAUAAUAAAAUACAAUACAUUGAAAAUCGAAUAAAACAAACACUUGCAUUACUCAUUAAUUUUUUCCUUUUACAUCGAAUAACUGUCUGUUAUGGAAAUAUUGAUGCAAAUAUUGGACCAAAACCAUUUUUAUUUUUUCAGGAACAAAUACCUACUUUUCCAUCACUUAUUAUGAAAUAUUCAUGGCAAUUGUUAUCAAGUGUUGGAUAUCGUUUGCAAAUUCAAAUAAAUAAAGAAAAUUUUAUCGAAAAAUUACAUAAGCUAAGUGAAGAAAAGAAUAAUCCUGAUGAGUUAUUUUAUCGUGUAUGUGUUUAUCUUUCACGGAUAUUUUCAUUGAAACCAUUUGUUAAUAUAAAUAAUGAAUUACAACAUGCUAUAGUUGAAUCACAACGAAAACGAGACAAUUGUGCUUAUGGUUUAAUUAGUAAAAUAGAUAUUAAAGAAGAAAAUGAAGCAUAUAUACCAUCGGUAUCAUUGACACCAACAACAAUUCGAAUAAAACCAUUGAAACUAUGUCGAACAAAUCGAGUUCUUCGAGCUGUUGAACAAUUUGGUCGACCACUUUAUCAUUUUGUUCUUGUUGAUAUUCGGGAUGAAAAUAGUCGACAUUUAAAAUCAUUUCAUUUUCGUGAUUUACAUUCAUUAUUACUUGAUUAUUUGGAAAAUGGUUUUAUACUAAUGAAUGAUAAUCGAAAAUAUAAAUAUUUACAUCAUUCUCAAUCACAAUUACGUGAAAGACAAUUUUGGUUCUAUCAUCAUAAUGAUUAUGAUGAAGAUCCUAGAAAAAUAAAUCUAAGUUUUCCUGAAGCUUAUACCUGGAUGGGUAACUUUGAUAAAGAAAAAAAUCCAGCUAAAUAUGCGUCUCGUAUGGCACUUUGUUUUACAACAACAACAGCAACAGUUCAAAUAAAACAAUUUCUUCGAAAUCCAGACGACUUCAGUGUUAUCCAAUUUCGUUAUGAUGGUGCUAAAGGUGUCGCUAGCAUUCAUCCAGAUAUGCCAAGAGAUGUUCAUUUAUUUAUUCGGGAUAGUAUGAAGAAAUUUGAUAGUAAUCAUGAUUGUUUUGAAGUAUGUAAGCUCUCAGCACCUCGACCAAUAUAUCUUAAUCGACAAGCUAUUCUUCUUUUAUCAUAUCGACAAAUAUCUGAUUCAUCAUUUCUUAUACUUCAACAACAAAAUCAUCUUAAACUUAUUCAUUCUCUUUUACGAAAUUCUGACGCAGAAAAAUUAAUUCAUGAAAAGGUACCGUCAUGGUUUUUGCCUAAAAAUAUACAUGAUGCAAAUAUUGAUUUUAUUCAUGAAUCAUUUUUUCGACAAUUACUGAUUAAUUCAUGUUUACAAUCAACAAGAGAUUUACUUCAACGAACACGUAUUCAAAUUCCACCAAAUAAAGGACGAAAUAUGUUUGGUGUUGUUGAUGAAUAUAAUGUUCUUAAACCAGAUCAAGUAUUUAUUCAAUAUACAAUAUUCGAUAGAGAUCGAAAAAAUAAUAAUGAUGAUAAUAAAAUUAAGACUGAAAUUCUUGAACAAUGUAAAGUUGUUAUUACAAAAAAUCCUUGUCAUCAUCCAGGUGAUAUUCGAACAUUUAUUGCUAUUAAUCAUCCGAAAUUAAAACAUUUAAAAGAUGUUGUUGUUUUCUCACAACAAGGUGAUCGUCCAGCUCCACAUGAUAUUAGCGGAUCAGAUUUAGAUGGAGAUGAAUAUUUAGUUAUUUGGCAUGAAGAUCUUGUUCCAAACAAAACUGAUAAUGCACCACCUUAUGAUUAUGAUUCACAAAUACCUGCUGAAAAGUUUGAUCGAUUUGUAACAAGACAUGAUAUUAAUAAUACCAUACUUAGAAUAGCUGAACAAGAUUGUUUAGGAAGACUAUCUAAUUUACAUUUAGCUUUUGCUGAUAAAUUUGGUGUUGAUAAUAGUAACAGACCAGCAGACGAUAUUUUAUCAACAAUUGAAUUAGCUGGUGCAAUCAGUCAAGAAGUUGAUAGUGGUAAAACUGGUUAUCAUCCAUUGAGAGAAGAUGAAAUCAUUCGAUUAAAUAAUGCACUAGAAAAUAAACGACCAGAUUUUAUGGAUAGUCUUUUUUUCGAACAAUACGAAUCACCAUAUAUUCUUGGAAAACUAUAUCGGGCUUCGAAGAAAACAUUACCUGCAUGGAAUCGACUUCUUCGAUAUCAUCGUCAUUUACGACAUUUACAAGUUCGAACACGAGAUGAAUCUGAUGAGGAAGACGAUGAAGAAGAACUUAGAAAUGAUGAUGAGGAAACGAGAAUUAAACUUGAUCAGUCUCUUCUAGACGCUGUCGAUCGUCAACAUCCUGAAUAUCGAGAUUGUGCCGACUUUGCCAAAACAAUCGCUUCAGUUUAUCGACAAGAAAUUUUUGAAAUUCUUAAUUUAUAUGGUUUAUCACAUGAAAGUGAUUUAUGGUGUCGAAAUUCCAUUAAUGGUCUUACUGGUGAACUUGAAGAUACUGCCAAUACAGAACUUGAACAACUCGUAAAUCGUACAAGAACUCGUUUCUUUAAUUAUCAAGCUAGUUAUUGUGAAACAGGCAACUGUCAUGAUGAUACAUUAGUUUCCAAAUUAUGUAAAGCAUGUAGAAAACGACAAGAAUCUGUGGUUGUUGCUUGUUAUUAUGCCUGUUAUGCUGGGGAAUAUGCAUCAGAACAAGUAUCAGUUUUAAGUUUACCAUGGUUAUUUGCUACACCUCUUUUACAACAUCGAAUAAAUAAAGAACCACUAUUAUCAGAAGGUUUACUAAGUAUAGCAAUGAGAAAAGGUCUUCAUAGACUACUUUUCAAUCAAUGUCGACUUCAGUUAGACGGCUUGACUUUACGAUUUCAAACAUCAGGAAAAAGUCUCGUUGAUGAAGCUAAUGUUGAUUUGACAGUUUGUGCAUUCAUUGAAAUACUUCAACAAUGUAUUGGAUCAAAACAUAAUCUAUAUUGGCCUUGGAUAAUUAGUCAUUUUGUACGAAAUACAUCAUCAUUUGUACUCAAAUCAGGGCAAUCUAUACCAACUGAUGAAUCGAAACUCAUUUUACGAUCUCAUAAAAUAAAUGAUUACGAUGAGUAUGCUGGUUUACUCAUCUCAAUGAGCUGGACGGAAAGAGAAGAUCAUACAAUGCAUGAAUAUUUCCAGAAUAUUCUUGACAUCUGCUUUGAUAAAGGGCGGCAAACAAAUGACAUAGGUUUUCUUAACAUCAGUGAAGACAUUAUAUUAUUAUUACAAAAAAUGGCUAUCAAUGAAAUAAUUAUUUAG